UUCUUUCCUUUGCAUGUAAAAACAAAAUAAUUUCACAAAAAGGAAAAACUACCAAAAUGAUUAAGAAUUGACCUUUUAAUUGACCUUUAGGACAAACAAAUGUUGUGCAAUAAUGUCUUUUACCUUUGUUUCAUAUUUCUCUAUUUACAGUCAUAAAAGCGCUCAGUACAGGUUUCAGCUGUCACUUAAGAAAGCAUCAAAAACAAACAAAAAUCAGUUCAGACUUGAGAAAAAAGAUCAUUGGUGCUGAAAGCAGGAGGAUUUACAAACGUAUCCCAGCAUUUCCAAGUGUCAAGAACCAGGGAACAAGCCUGGCAGAGGUGGGACGACAAAAUGUGUCUAAAGACCCCAGAACAACUGCCAAGAGACUAAUUAAGGACUUAGCUAGGUCAGGAAUUGUAGUCUGAAAGAAGACAACCUCUCGAUCUGGAAGGGAGAGGAACACAACCCAAAGAACACCAUCCCCACAGUGAAAUAUGGUGGUGGAAGUAUUAUGCUGGGGGGAGGCUUCACUGGGUCUGGAACUAGGAAUCUCCUCAAGGUGGAAAGAAUAAUGAAAGAAGGUGAAGAUUUUGAAGGAAAGCCUCCAGCAGUCAGCAGCCAGACUGGGUCUGGGUCAUCACUUUGUCUUCCAACACGACGACUCAAACAUCCGGCGCUUCUGGUGAAGAACGACCUUCAGAAGACCACAGUGAACGUUUCCGGCUGGCCUGCACGCCUGAAUCCCACUGAAACGGUGAGGGUGAACUGAAGCCUAGGUCUAUGGCAGAAGGCCAUCAUCUCUGCAGGAGCUUGAGAGAUUUGCUAAAGAAGAACGGCUGGGAUUCCUCAGGAGACGGGUCAGAGAAACAUGUUAGCAUCAGGGGGCUAAUCAGUUUUUUCUUUGUUUCCAAGUAAAUCGCAGUAAGCAUCCACAGUAAAGCUAGGAUGUGAGGAAAAGCUGUUAAAAUUCUUUCCUGUUUAACAGAACGUAGGAGAUGGGGGUGAAAAAAGGACUUUUUCAUGAAGAUGAAUGUGACAAAUAUGACAACCAACCAUACAUUUGCAGGGAAACAUGCUGAGGAGAGAAGUGCAACGUCCUCCUGCCUUUUGGGAGGGAGGCCGUCCUGCAAAGGGACUGAAUGAAAACCUUCCACAGAUAAAAUCACUUCAGCUGCAAAACUUGUGCUGAAAUUCCGUCUGCUUUAUAAAACUGUUGGACAUUGAAAUGUUUCCUGUACAAGGAUGUUGUUUUAUUUAUUGUGAAAAUAAAUAAUAAUUCAGUGUGUCAGUUUUAUGAGACAACAAACGCAACAUUUUAAAAACCAGGCGAGGUCUGAGAGAGGACAGGAACGUCCGCCACACGCUGCCUUCACAGCACAGUUGGCGCUCUGACUGUAUUUUCAGUGGAAGCUCAGACUUUUGUAUAUUUUUCUAAUUUAACUGAACGCUUUCUGACCUUUAUCAGGUAAAAAUGUUGACCUCAUGUUGAGCUCCAAAAGUGAAAAGCUGCGAAGCUUCAGCCGGACUAGAAAAGAUGUUUGGUCUGCUCACUGAUAGAAACUCUGGUUGUGAUUCUGCUGAGAGGAUGUGGAUGACUGUGAGGCCAUUACUGUGUCCACACACUGAAUGUUAAUUCAAUUUGCCGCUUCUGCUUCACUGGUUGGUUUUCUUGGCAGUUUUGAGGCUCGGCUGAAAACAUUUUUCUGUGCAGGAAAGGGCCGUAUUGUAUCCAGUAUGCCCCCAUUGCAAGGGCAGAGGGGCUUUUGUGUAGGAGGGCAGAGGCCACGAGGGGGGAGGAAACCCCCCAUGAAGACAUUGUACUUAACAUCACUAAAUACCUGAUGUGGUUUUGUCCUCAUUUCGUCUUCUUGUAUGAAGCUGUGGUUUCAUACGCAGAGACAGUUCCUCCUCGUCCUGUGGAGAAGAAGACCUGCAGUAAUGGAGUCAUAAGCUGGCAAACAAGCCUGGGAUCAGCAGCAGUCUGUGCCGAUGACUGCUUUCACGGGGGGUUUUCUCAGGACAAAUACAGAUUGUUGACGGCAGCCUUCUUGCCCUGCAGACCUCCUCUGCUCGUGGAUCUUUGUGCAGAGGAACGCCUCUUUGGUGGUUGAGACACGGACACUUAGGCAGGAGAUGCGGGUUCACUUGCCCUGCGUAGGGGCUUAUCCCGGGUUAAGCUGAGGGACUAACAGCAAAGCCUGCCUUCGCUCCAGCCGGUCUGAGGGCAGAGGGAGCCAUCUGUCCACUCCGGGGAUAACUGAAAACAAAGGGAGCAAACACUGAACAAAGACUACAAACUGAGGGCCACUCAUUUUGAUGAGGCCGAAAAAGAAGACGAAGACUUUGCAGAUCAGAGUGUUUACUUUAAACAUCUCAUAACACAGAGGAUGUCUGACAAGGAAGAAAUGGCUUCAGAUGGGAGUCUGAAUGUUACCCUGACUCUGAGGCUGCUCAUGCACGGAAAGGAAGUUGGAAGCAUAAUUGGAAAGAAAGGAGAAACAGUGAAGAAAAUGAGAGAAGAGAGCGGCGCCCGCAUCAACAUAUCCGAGGGAUCGUCUCCAGAGAGAAUCGUGACCAUCACUGGCCCCACAGAGGGAAUUUUCAGAGCCUUCUCCAUGAUUGCACAGAAGUUUGAGGAGGAUAUAACAGCAGCAAUGACAAACAGCAACGUGACAAGCAAGCCACCUGUGACUCUCCGUCUGGUUUUCCCGGGGAGUCAAUGUGGGUCACUGAUCGGGAAAGGAGGCUCAAAGAUCAAAGAGAUCAGAGAGACCACAGGCGCCCAGGUUCAGGUGGCCGGAGACAUGCUGCCAGACUCCACGGAGAGGGCCGUCACCAUCUCUGGCACUCCGCAGGCCAUCACUCAGUGUGUGAGACACAUCUGCUCUGUGAUGCUGGAGUCUCCACCAAAAGGAGCAACUAUUCCCUACCGGCCCAAGAUCCUUCCAGCUGGAGCCCAUGCGGUUUUGGCCCCGCAGCACUCUGCACACGCUUUUGCAAUUCCAGGGCAGUAUGCUUUUGCACAUCAAGAUUUGACCAAGCUUCACCAGUUGGCUAUGCAGCAUAUCCCCCUCCCUUCCCUUGGGCAGAGCAACCCUACCUUCCCUGGCUUGGAUUCCUCUGCCUCCACCAGUACACAAGAGCUGGCAAUUCCUAAUGAUCUUAUUGGCUGCAUAAUUGGAAGGCAAGGCAGCAAGAUCAAUGAGAUCCGACAGGUCUCUGGGGCUCACAUCAAAAUUGCCAGCGCCACUGAUGGCUCAGCUGUCCGCCAAGUCACCAUCACGGGUUCGCCGGCCAGUAUCAGCAUCGCCCAGUACCUCAUCAACGCCAGCUUAGAGAUGGCUAGAUACACCAUGCAGGCCGCUGCUUCCUCGACCCCCGUUGACCUGAACAUGAGCUUCUCCCAGUCUGCUUCCACAGGCUCUUCUGCUGCUUCUUCAAUGGCUGUCCUGGCAGCCCCCGCCCCGGCCCCCACCACCAUUAACGUCCACUCCCCCUCCACCUUAUCAGCAAUCCAAAACCCACAUUACGCUGUCCCCAUUUCCAGCCUGCUUGGCAUGAAAACGCUCCCCAUCCUGGCGGUCCAUCCGGCAGCCGCUUCCAGCCUAGCGCAGGGUUUAUCCCAGUACACGGCAAAAAUGCAGACGCCUGGCGGGAAAAAGUCUGACCGGCAGAAGUUUGCUCCCUACUGAUUCCAGUUUUAGGCGGGGUUUCUGUAGCUGACUCAAAUGAACAGAUGUCAGACAAGAUGAAACCCACAGACAGGUUGGAGUGUUUCUGUGUAGCAUUUGUUUUAUAAACUAUGUCAGGAAAACGUUUUCAAUGGAAGGAGACAGAGGAGAGAUGCACAUUACCUCAGUAUUUUUGAGGACAAUCGGUUAUUGAGGGGAACUCAGGCUUUAUUUGAAUCCAGGGAAAAAGAUAUUUGAAAUCCAGAGCUUUACACAAAAAGGUAAUUUAGAAAACAUCUUUUUCAUUUUCCUUCUUUUUUUAAUGUGUGGAAGUAGUUUCCUUAGAAAAGGCCAUCAUUGAUCCUUCUAAGUCCUGCUGAGUUGUUGCAGCAGACUAAAGAUGUUUGUGUUAGAAGUGUUUUUUCUUUUCAUGCGUUCCUCUUUCUUCCACUGUUGGCUCUCAUCAGUGUUUACAGGCUUGGGGGUUCGAUAGUAGCUGUGCUGGGAUUAUCUUAAAGCCACAAUGGAUUGGAGUGGAUUUCCCUCUUCCAGUAAUCCUGUAGAACCGGACCGGCCCGACUCAUUUACUGGUGUCUUGUUUGUUUUCCAACAUGAACAAGUGGAGGGCUUGGACUGAGCACUGAUGAGAGACUUUGAGGGACAUUUCAUGAAUGUGUUUUUUGAUGUGCGUCCAUCACUGGACAGAUUAAAUCUGUAAUAUUUGUAAAUUAAAUUGAAAUAAAUUCAUCUUUUUAUGGCUACAGA